AUGCCGCACGUACCGGAGACCAUGUGCGCGUGGCAGUACUUCAAGCACGGCGGCGGGGCUGAUGCACUCUCGCUGAAUAACAACGUCCCCGUUCCCAUGCCGAGCAAGGGCGAGGUGCUGGUUCGCGUGCGCGCGGCGAGCAUCAACCCGGGCGACUGGAAGGUGCAGUCGGGCCUCAUCCCCUUCCUGCCGCGCCGUUUCCCCGCCACAGCUGGGUACGACCUGGCAGGCAACGUGGUGGCAGUGGGGCCGGGCGUUACCAAGUACGCUGUGGGAGAUGCCGUUUUUGGAAAGGCACCGUUCUUCAAAAUGGGCGCCCUGGCUCAAUACGCCAUACUGGAAACUGCCCGCAGUGCACGCAAGCCUUCCUCCCUCACCUUUGAGUCUGCCGCUGCUCUCCCCGUCGGUCUCACCGCCCUGGAAGCCGUGAGGGACGGCGCCGGCCUGCCCCUUCCUGCAAGCCCGGAGGAACCCAAACCGGGUUGUAAGUCGCCUCAAAAUUUGAGUGUGGAGUGCAGCCCUGAUAGCAGUGGUAAGGGCGAGAACAGCAGCAACAGCACUGUUUCCGGUGCCAGCACAAGCAGGAACGACGGUAGCGGGAAGAGGGCGCGAGUGCUGGUGGCGAAUGCGUCGGGGGGAGUGGGGCAUAUGGCAGUGCAGCUGGCAAAGGCAGCAGGGGCACACGUGACUGCCACUGUAGGUGCUCGCAACCUCGCCUUUGCACGGAACGUGCUUGGAGCAGACGAGGUGUUUGAUUACAACUCAACUGCAGGGAAACAGCUCUUUGCUUUAUCAACCACAUCCCCUUCGCCUGUGAUCAGCCUUUCUGCUCCUGCUGCUGCACAGGUUUCUUCAUCUGCCAAUCCGCCUAUCUCUGGGCAGUAUUAUGUGGUGAUUGAUUGCUCGCCCACCAGCCUGGCAGUCUCUGCGGUGGGCAGGGUUCUCCGUCCCCAAGGGAGGUGGGCGCAUGUGGAGCUUCCGCUCUCUCUGCUCGCUCUGGGACUCUGGCGCCGCUUGGCUCUUCGCCCGAGGAAACUGCAUCCUGCUAUGAUGGCGAACAGGGAGGGUGAUCUGGAGGUGCUGGGGAGGAUGGCGGAGGAGGGGAAGGUGAGGGUGGUGGUGGAGAGUACUGUGGCGUUUGAAGAGGCGAGAGAGGCGUGGAGGAGGAGCAUGGGAGGGCAUGUGACGGGAAAGGUGGUGGUUAGGAGGAUGGAGUGA